AUGGAGGAGUUGCUCCAAAGGGUGCAGGAGUUGGAGGCGCGGCAAGGAGCUCAUGGCCAAAAUAGUGGCUACGAAGAGAGGACGUCGUUCAUGAGAGAAGUCGAGCUCGAAGCUCUCCCCAGGAGAUUCAAGGUUCCAAGCAUACCGCAGUACAAUGGGGACAGCGACCCCUAUGACCAUCUGGACGCAUUCAAGCAUACCUGCAGACCACUAGCUUGCUGUUGGGAAGAAUGCCAGCGGAGGUUCCUCAGUAAGUACAGGGCACUGAGGCGGCAGCUCUCUCCUUCGUGCCACCUCGCCACGAUCUUCCAAAGGUCGAGCGAGUCCCUCAAGGACUACAUCGCCAGGUUCUGGCGCGAGGUGAGUAACGUCGAAAGUCCCUCUGAUGAAAGUAUCUUGACGGCCAUCUCGGCAGGCCUCCGGAAAGACGGGAAGCUCUACGAGAGCAUCUACAAAUCCCCCGUUACAGAUCUGGGAGAGUUUUAUGAGCGAGCUGCAAAGGAGAUCCGGUGGGAAGAGGCAUUCGGUUCGAAGAAGCCCGCCGGACAUAGGGAGAAAGCCAGAAGUUCUAGCCAAGAUAGGAAAAGAAACGACGGGGGAAAUGGAAGGGACAACCGUGAUGAGCGGUCUAGCAAUCAGGUAGCCAAGCGAGCUCGACGGGAAGAGCGAGAGGAGCGACCUCCAAGGCAGGGCCGUUUCAACAAUUAUGCGGCCCUAUCGGAUUCUCAAGAGAGGAUUUUCGCUACGGAAAAGAGGAGAGAAGAUUUUGGGAGGCCGAACCCAAUAAAAACUCCCAAUAAGUUCAGAAACUGGGAGAAGUUUUGUGCGUACCACAACGAGGUGGGGCACGACACCUCCGAAUGCUAUGCCCUGAAAGAUGUAAUUGAAGAACUGAUUCGAAGGGGCCGACUACGAGAUUACGUGGUGCGACCUGCAAACCAGCCACCCCAGCAGACGAAUCAACAACGACCUCCCCCCGAGGAUGAGCAUGCACCUGCGGUUCGAAUGAUCUACACAAUCCACGGUGGACCUCACCUCACAGGCACAUCGAACAGGUCGCAUGAAAGGUAUGUACGCGAAGCUAAUCAUGUCUUGAUAGCAGGAUCUGUUGAGCAGAUGGGACCAUCUAAGCGAGCUAGGGUGGCAAUGAAAGAAAUCACCUUCUCCGAAGAUGAUGCCAGGGACAUACACUGGCCGCACAAUGACGCCCUUGUCAUUUGUGCUUACAUCGGCAACAUGGAGGUACAAAGAAUAAUGGUGGACACCGGAAGCUCGGUAAACGUGAUGUAUAGGGCCUAUUUCGACCAGAUGGGACUAGGGCCCGAGCAAUUGAGCUCGUCCCCAGAGCCGCUUUACGGAUUCACGGGAGACGCAGUUGUUCCCAUAGGGCGGGUUAAACUCCCAUUCACUGUUGGGAGCCCAGGUCGCGAAGCAACGGCGAUGGAAGAAUUCCUCAUUAUUGACUGUCCCUCAGCGUACAACGUUGUACUCGGGCGGCCAGUGAUGAACGAGCUGGACAUGGUCGCCUCAACUAGGGCUCUGACCAUCAAGUUCCCGACCAACAAUGGAACAGGAUGCAUGCUAGGAGAACAGCACCUCGCGAGACGUUGCUAUGAGGACGCGGUCAAAAUGGGGGCCAACAGAAAGAAAGUGAAUGUGGUCGCAGGAGGAGCUCAGCGACCUUCAAGUCAGAGCGGGGUAAACUAUGACCUGGAUCCCCGAGAAGUGGAUUGUGACAAGGCCUCUGGCCCGGUGGAAGAACUUGAAGAGGUCCUGGCUAGCGAAGUAGAUGCUGAAAGAUGUCUGAAGCUCGGAAAGAAUCUGGCCCCUGAGGUAAAGUGCUAA